UUAUAUAGGGUUUUUGUUUCAUCUAUUAAAAAACAAUUAAAAUAUUGAAUAAAAUUACCAAAGAGGACAAAAAGUCUUUAAAAUGGCAUCCAUGUAUAAGAUAAUGUUAAUCGUAGGAUUCAUAUCGUUGUUCCAUUCAGCGUUUUCUGCUGCGCAACAUCGGUCUUAUCUUCGCCUUACUUCCCAGGAGUUCACAAGUUUACCAUUAGAUAUUGUAGUUCAAGCAGUAGUGAGCUUGUUCGCUGUAAUUUGGGGCGUGUUGAACGUUGCCGGUAAUUUACGAGAGAUCCCAGCAGCUGCAGAACUUAACCAAACCAAGUGGGAGACACAACGGAACCUGCCAUCAUUCUAUACAUUUAACCACCGAGGCAGAGCUCUAGCUUAUGACUAUGUUCCCAGCCUGGGCAAAGGAGAGUUAGAGAACCCUGAUCUAAGUUAGUUUAGUAUAUUGUAUUGUUUGGUGUAAGUUCAAUUGGAGUAUUUAUUAUGAAAUGUAAUUUUUUUUAAAUGGAAUGAAGGGAAGAAAUUACCAUGUGGUUAUUGGCAUUCCAUAUUGCAUACUAAAAAUACCAUGGCAAGUUAAUAAUUUAGACUUGAGACUAUUACAUUUGUAGACCACUAAAUUCUAUGCUCACAUGUGCAGAAUUAUUGAUAAGUAUAAUAAUUCAGUAUAUUUUAUAUUUGCGUCAAUAACUUUGUCAUGCAACAAGCCAAUAUUUAAGAAUUUAAUUCUAUAUUCAAUCUUAUAAAUAUUUGAUACACAUUCACCACCAGAGGGUUCUAUGGUAUGUAAAGUUCAAAGUUGUUUAUGUUAAUUUGUUAUAAAAUAGGUACCUUUUGCAUUAAAUGUGAGUGUCAUGGUAUAGAUUUUACAAAAUAAAGUGAGACAUCUCUGGAAA